GAGUCCAUCCAGCACGUUGCAGUGACCAACACUAGAAGAAUGGCAGCAAUACCAGCAGGCGGUUCUCUUGUGGCAACCACUGAUUACUACCGACGGCGCAUCGGCUCCACGUCCAGCAGCAGCUCCUGUGGCAGUUCGGAGUACAGUGGAGAGGUCAUUCCUCACCAUCCAGGUCUUCCCAAGCAGGACUCUGGCCACUGGUGGUCCAGUUUCUUCUUUGGGAAGCAGCCAGGAAUGACCCCAGUGACUGAGGAGGCACAGCAGAAGGCGGGGGUGUCUGGUGCAGUGACUAAUGGUCAGAUCACCUGCAUCGCCAAGGAGAUGGUGAUGCAGCGGCAGCCGAGUGAGAGCAGCGACGCGGGGAGCCCCGCCUCCUCGUGAUCUGCUGCUCACUCCUGCACCUGGGGGACCACGGACCAACGCUAGGUGACGGAGAAUGUCCCAUUGACAACCUUUUUCUUCUUUUUAAUGUUUGUUGUAGUAAAGCUGUUUUAUUGUAACAUUUGUCUUUUUUAUCGACCAAAAAGUGAUUUAAAAAAAAAAAAAAAAAAGUUGCAACUAUUAAGCGCCUGUCGUUUUGUUUUCUAACACUGUUGCUUUUGUACGUUUUGAUUCACGCUCACAUGUCCCUGGUCAUUGACACCAUGUCAUGUUGCACAUCCAAUAAAGUAGAGUGUUGCAGCCUAACGAGUGUUCUCAGUCAUUUUAAAGCUACCACUCAUUUAGAUCCUCUGUU